AUGUUCUCCAGCAACCAGACCCCCUCGCGCCAACAAAAGGACACGGUCCGCAACGUCGAGGCCACGGGCGUCUUCUGCUGGCAACUCGCCACCUACGCGCUGCGCGAGGCGGUCAACAUCACCGCCGAACAGGUGCCCUACGGCGUGGACGAGUUCGACCGAGCAGGGCUGGAGAAGGAGUAUUCCACCGUGUUGGCCACGCCCGUGCCCAUGGUCAAAGCCAGCCCCAUCAAGUUCGAGUGUGAGUACUACACCACGCUGCGGUUGCCGGGGAAUCCGCCCAUGGGGAGCGCGGACGUGGUUGUUGGCAAAGUCGUCGGAAUUCACAUUGAUGAGGGCGUGUUGACGGACGAUGGCAAGAUCGAUGUGAGCAAGACGCAGCCCAUCGCCAGGUGUGGGUACUACGACUAUGCUGUGGUGAGGGAGACGUUUCAGAUGAUAGUGCCCGGUGGCACAAAGGAUACGCUGUACGGAAUGGAGGGAAGCGUCAGGAAGCACAAGGCAGCAAGGGAGGCCGGCAGGAGAAUGGGUGUGUCUGCUGAAGACGAGCAGGGGCCGCCAUAG